GUUAAGAAAAUUUAUUUUACUAUAUACACGUGUAAUAAUGUAAAUAACUCGUAAACAAUAAUAUCGCAUCCAAUUUUAUCAAAUUCAUUCAGCUUUCAUCAUUCUAACGAAGUAAAUGUAAAAUUUUGUACUUUAGUCAUUUUUCAUUUUGCAAUCGUAAAGUAUAGUCACCGUGGAAAAUUCUCCAUAAUAUAUAUGUAGCAAAAAUGUCUCUAUCGAAAAUUUUUUCAUUAAAGUCAAUUGCUGUAACUUCAGCAAUCGGACUCCUUGUUUGUAAAUUCGCCAUCUCAAAGUAUUUAAAACGUAACAUGCAUAAGCAUAUUCUCAUUGAAACGAUUGAAGAUUGGAACCGGUAUGAAUCUGAAAUUCUCAAAGUAUUUAAGGAUUGUAAAAUGAUUGGCAUUGACUGUGAAUGGGUUACUGCUGAUGAAAGAAAACCUGUUUCUCUUUUACAGUUAGCAACUGAUUCUGGUUUUUGUGUAUUAGUGCGACUAUUUCUUUUACCUGUCUGGUUAAUACCUCCAGCAUUAACUAACUUAUUGGCUGAUGAAAGAAUUUUAAAAGUUGGUGUUGGCGUUGCAGAAGAUGCCAAUAAGCUAUUCAACGAUUACUGUUUAGAAGUGCAAGGAUUUCUGGAUCUGCGAUAUUUAGCCAAGGAUUUAAAAGAAUUUCAGGGUAAAAAUAUGAGUUUAAAGAGUCUUGGUAGAGAACUUUUAGGUAUUGAUCUGAAUAAAAGUAGAGAACUGCGUUGCAGUGAUUGGAAUGCUGAUAAAUUAUCAGAAGAUCAAGUGAAAUAUGCUGCAGAGGAUGCUGUAAUUUCAGCAAAAAUAUUUAUUGAAAUACAAAAACGCAAUAGAAAUUGGCUUCUAAGGGAUAGUGACAAUUUCUUGAAAGAAAUUGAAACAUAUGUUGACGUUCCUUUCAAGCAAGUACUUGUAAACAACAAUAAUAAAAAAACUGUUGGUACAUUUUCUUUGAAAAAGCCUCACAAGACACGAUACAGCAAACCAAGGCAAAGGCCUAUGUAUGAUAACUGUCAACUUGUUGCUCCUGAUGGGGAAUUAUUAUGCAGUUGUGAUAAAGGGAAAGCAGAAUGGUAUGUGUAUAAAGGUUUGGGUGAAAAAAUAUCUGAUGAACCAUUUACAGUUCGUUUGAAUUUCGAACCAUCUGGACGACCUACCUUGGAUAAUGUAUUUUAUACUAUGGAAAAAUCAAAUCAAUGUGUUGUUUGUGGAAAAACUGAAAACUUUCAUCGUAAACUUGUUGUACCCUCUGAAUAUAGAAGAUAUUUUCCUAAUUUGAUGAAGAAGAAUUUAUCUCAUGAUGUACUUUUAUUAUGUGUUCACUGUCAUAAGAAAAGUAACAUAUUGGACCAACAAAUGCGCCAGAAAUUAGCUGAAUUAUGCGAUGCUCCUUUAGGUUGUAGGAAGAAUGUAAAGUAUAAAUUUAAUCCGGAAUUAGCAAGGGUUAAAUCUGCUGCUACAGCCCUUUGUACAAAUGGUAAUAAAAUACCUGAAUGGCGCCAGCAAGAAUUAAAAAAAGUGAUUUCUGAUUAUUAUAAUAUCUCAGAAGUAACGGAUGAAAUUUUAAGUGAGGCUGCUAAUAUUGAAGUUAGUGCCUUAAAUGAUUCUUUUGUGCCACAUGGGCUUAAAGUAUAUCAAUAUUUUUGUGAAAAUGGUGGCUUAAUUCAAUUGGAAAAAUUGUGGAGACAACAUUUUCUUGAUACAAUGCAACCACAAUUUUUGCCAGCAAUGUGGUCUGUCGAACAUAAUCAUAAGAGAUUAGCUCUUCAAGUGAUAAAUCAUGAAAGGGAUGUUGAUUUCGAGGAAUCAAUUCUUGGUCUUACACCUGAACUAGUAGAAGAAAUUCAAGAACUUAAUUCUUGAGUUAAAAAAUAUUACUGCUAUUGGUAUGUGAUAUUUUCGUAAUAUAAUUUUUAAAAAUAUCUAUAGAUUCAUUUUCAAAGCUCAGAACUUUGUUGUUUUUUUAUUUGUGUAAUUGCUUGAAGUUUUAAGUAUAUAAUAUAUUUCCUCCUUUGAGCUUAUUUAAGAUCCUAUACAAAUGAUAUAGUAUUUAAUUCAAUAUAAUUUUUUUUACAUAGAAUUUAUGUAAUUUUUAAAGCAUGAAUAUUUUAUCUGAGAAUAGUUGCUCAAGAUUUUUUUUUUUUUUUUGUACUUCUAAAGAUAACUGUGAUAAUAAAUUUAUCAUUUAAAAUAUUGGUGCUAUAUUUACUAUCAAACAUAUCCAUUAAUAAGCUAUAAAAAGGAGAAAAUUUGUUUGAUUCAUGUCCUCUACAAUUAACUUAAGUAUCACUGUUGAAAAAUACCACAAUUGAAUGGAUAAGUUUCAGGAAUAAGAUAACAGCAUACAUUUCAAGUAAUUGCAAAUAUAUGUUUCAAUUUGUCAUUAUUACUAUUAUAUAAUAUCAUGACUAUUAAUAUAUAUUUAAUACAGCACAUUAAA